UUGUGUACGCAAUUUCUGAUGACGAUCAGCACAUCUACACACUUUUAUCCCACCUGAUCAAUGUUUUGUAUACGAGUGUCUCACUGCGUUGAAUAGAUCAGAUCGCUCUCACUGAACCAGUAAAUAAUACACUUACAAGAGAUUAAGCCAAUGGGUAUGGACAACUCUAGACCAAUGCAGACCCCCCAGACCGUUCACCCGCCUCCACCCAACCAGCCGUACCCCCAGGCAGCGGGUCCUCCACCGAAUGCCCCGCCCCCAUACGGCAUGCAGCCACAGCCAUACAGCUCCAAUCCCUACGGACCCCCUCCUCCUCCAGCGUACGGAACCAAUCCUUACCCUCAGGCACCACCUGUCCAGCCGUACGGUCCAUACGGACCGCCACCGCCCGCACCCUCACAGCCGGUGGCACCCCUACCCCCAACAGUCGUUCUAGUAGAUGGACACCACGGUCACCACGGGUUUGGGCAUCAUAGCGGACAUUUGUUUGGCGGCCAUCAUGGAUUCGGUCACCACGAUUUUGGUCACCAUGGUUUCGGAGGUCACCAUGGUUUCGGUGGUCACCAUGGAUUUGGUGGCCACCAUGGGGGUCAUCAUGGCGGACACCACUAAAGUGCGCAUUUGUGCUGGUGAAAAUACUGAUUUUUGUACAGUGCAAUGCCAGCGAAAUAUAUGUACCGAUUUUAAGGUUUUAGUGCAACUAUAAGUUAUUGUUUUUUGUUCUGAUCAUUGUAAAGAGAUUCUUGAUUUUUAUUAUGUGUUAAACAUAAUUCGUUGUAUUGUUGCAUGUUAUUAUAUAUUUGGAAGCUUAACAAUAAAGUCAAAACGCCCAAACACAA